AUCCUAAGUUUACUUCAAGAGAUGCGUGUAUUAUGUCAUAAACAUGACAAGUCUUAUUUGGACUUUGAUGACACCACGACUCUGACCGAUACAGACUAUUUGUCUUUGCUGGGACUCAACAAGGAAGAUUUCCAUACAAUAUGUGACGCUGUGAAAGAUGAAGUGAAACCAACACCGUCUAGGAGUCUAAGAAAAUCUGUUGCCAUAUUCCUGUGCAAAUUAAAGACUGGCUUGUCAAAUCAAAUACUGUCAACACUUUUCCAAACUUCCAAAUCCAGUUUAAGGAGGGCUGUUAGUGCUGUAAGAGCAGCAUUGAUGAUCAGCUUUGUGCCACACCAUCUUGGGUUUGAACACAUAAGAAGAGAGGAAGUCAUCGAAGACCAUACACGACAGCUAGCACAGACACUGUUUGGUAACAUCGACAAGAAACAGGCCAUAUUGGUACUGGAUGGCACUUACAUAUACACAGCUAAGAGCAAUAAUUUCCACUACCAAAGACGUUCUUACAGCAUCCACAAGGGGAGACCACUAAUCAAGCCUAUGGUUAUCGUGACUACUACUGGUUACUUUGUCUCUAUCUUAGGACCAUACCUUGCUGAUAAUAAAAACAAUGAUGCAUCAAUUCUCCAACACAUCAUCAAAACAAAUGCUGAAGAUAUUCGGAGCUGGCUAAGUGAAGACGACAUCUUUAUUGUUGACCGCGGGUUCAGAGAUGCUUUGCCUCUGCUUGAAGAUCUUGGAAUCCAGGCAGAAAUGCCCCGAUUUCUGCUCAAGGGACAAAACCAAAUGACUACUGAUGAUGCAAAUAUGAGCAGACUUGUGACAAAGGUCAGAUGGGUAGUGGAAUCUUCAAACGCACGUAUCAAGAGGUGGCGAUAUUUGGACAAGACACUACCCACUAAUCAAAUUCCCUUCAUCGGUGACUAUGUCAGGAUAAUUUGCGCACUCUCAAACAGAUUCUCUCCACCCCUGAGUAAAAGUAACAGCACUGAGGCUGAUGAUGCAGAGGCAGCAAAAAUGCUCUAUCUGUCCAAACAGGUGAAUAAUCUCAAACGAAUGGUUCAAGAGAAUGGACUUAACAGAAGAUCUACUCAAUGGCAAACAGUUCUUGAAUGUGAAAUUCAGAAUUUCCCCAUGUUGGAUGAGGAUCAGUUGCGGAAUUUGACUUGUGGCACCUAUCAAUUGAAGCUCUCUCGUAGCUACAUUCAAGAACACAUUGAGGGAGGAUGUGAUAUUUUCUUCCAUAAAGAAAAUGAUAGGCUCCUAAAGGUGAAAAUUCAGAGUCGGCACACAUCAUCAAAGCAGUAUUUAGUUUGGAUUGAGUAUUCUGAUUACUCUGUAGAGGCAUGGUAUUGUACCUGCAGAGCGGGUGCCAGAGUUGUGGGCAUGUGCUCUCACAUAGCAGCCAUCAUUUGGUACCUGGCAAAAGGAAGACAUGAACAAAGGACAUAUGGUGUGCGUGACUGGAGUGAGCAUGUCCUUGAUGCAGCUGACAUCCCACCUGCUUUGGACGAGUCUGACAGUGAUGACAGUAGCUGUGAAAGUGUUCCCGAGGAGUGAACAGUUAGUUAAUGUUCAUUGUA